AUGGUGAACUCUCCAUCCACACUGCCAACAGUACACAACCCCUCCCCCUUUUCACCUGGCGCGGGCGGCCCUUUCAUUCUUAUUAGGCGAACCCUUCCCUCAUUGGCUGCCUCGGCUCGCUCUUUUGCAUUCCAGUCGGUGGAAAUUUCCGUCCCCCGCCGCACCAAGCCAAUGGCGAGCUCCCUCAUUGGCUGCCUCGGCUCGCUCUUUUGCAUUCCAGUCGGUGGAAAUUUCCGUCCCCCGCCGCACCAAGCCAAUGGCGAGCUCCCUCAUUGGCUGCCUCGGCUCGCUCUUUUGCAUUCCAGUCGGUGGAAAUUUCCGUCCCCCGCCGCACCAAGCCAAUGGCGAGCCCGCGAGCCUUCUUCCAAUAGCAGCGAAGGCUUCUGGCUGUUGUGGUUCGUGAGGGCCGCGCACGUGGUCCCGUUAUGUAAAGGGCGGGGUGAAGCGGCUCCCGGCCUCGCGCGUGUGUCGCGAGCCUGCGCAGGCGCGCCAGUCAUCACCUGGAGCCAGAAUGGCCAGAGUUUCCUCGUAUUGGAUGAACAAAGGUUUGCCAAAGAGAUUCUUCCAAAGUACUUCAAGCACAACAACAUGGCAAGCUUUGUGAGACAGCUAAAUAUGUAUGGUUUCCGUAAAGUGGUCCAUGUCGACUCUGGGAUUGUUAAAUUGGAAAGAGAUGGCCCUGUUGAGUUCCAACACCCCUAUUUCAAGCAAGGACGGGAAGACUUACUGGAGCAUAUUAAAAGAAAGGUUUCUUCUUCAAAGCCUGAAGAAAAUAAAAUUCGUCAAGAAGACCUGUCUAAAAUUAUAAGUAGUGCUCAGAAGGUUCAAAUUAAACAAGAAACUAUUGAAUCCAGGCUUUCUGCACUGAAGAGAGAAAAUGAAUCCCUUUGGCGGGAGGUAGCAGAACUGAGAGCAAAACAUCUGCAGCAGCAGCAAGUUAUUCGGAAGAUUGUGCAGUUCAUUGUUACUCUCGUUCAGAAUAAUCAACUUGUGAGUCUGAAACGCAAACGCCCACUGCUUCUGAAUACUAAUGGGGCUCCAAAGUCCAACUUAUUUCAGCAGAUAGUCAAAGAGCCAGCAGAAAACAAACAUCAUCUUGUAAAUGGGCAGGUUUCACACAACAGGAAUGAUGGUUUAAAGCAAAGAGAACAACUGUCAGAUGACAUUAUUAUUUAUGACAUCACUGACGAUAGCGGGGAUGAAGAAAAGGCUCCUGUUACUCCAGAAACCAGUGAUGACACUGUUUCAGACUCAAACUAUAGUCCUGACAUUGUAAUAGUAGAAGAUGAUAAUGAGGAUGAAUAUACUCCUAUAAUUCAAGAAAAUACAAAUGCUGAACCAGUUGGUAUUUCAUCUGAUGAAUCUAUGAGUCCUUCCACUGAUGGUGCAAACCCAUUAAUGUCUAGUGCUGUUCAGUUAAACAGCCAAUCGACUUUAACAGCAGAAGACCCAGUCUCAAUGAUGGAUUCCAUUCUUAGUGAAAAUGGAGUAAUCUCACAAAAUAUCAACCUUCUUGGAAAGGUGGAACUCCUGGAUUACCUUGAGAGCAUUGAUUGCAGUUUAGAGGAUUUUCAGGCCAUGCUUUCAGGACGGCAGUUCAGCAUAGAUCCAGAUCUUCUGGUUGAUCUUUUUUCAAGUUCCGUGCAGAUGAACCCAACAGGUCAUAUCAGUAGUACAAAAGUGGAAACAAAGGGAAUUGAAACUAUGAAAAGUAAUAGUCCUCAACAAGACUCACAAAAUGUGCCUAAUUCUAACCCUAAAGCAGAUAAACAGCUCAUUCAAUAUACAGCCUUCCCCCUCCUCGCAUUGUUUGAUGGAAACCCAAGCACAGCAACAGAGAGUACACCAGAAACUGCAGCUUCUGUAGAUAAGCCAAUAGAAGUGGAUGAACUCCUUGAAACCAGUCUGGAUCCUCAACCAACCCAAAGUAAACUUGUUCGUCUGGAACCACUGACAGAAGCAGAAGCCAGUGAAGCUACAUUAUUUUAUUUGUGUGAACUCGCUCCUGUGCCAAUGGACACUGAUAUGCCAUUGUUGAACAACUAACCCAGUAUGUUUAAGACAAACUAUUUAUUUAGGCUGUGUUUGGGGGUCUAUCUUUUGUAAACAUUUUGUGAAAGCAGCUAAUGGGGACUUGAAAAGAUUCUAUUGCUUCUACAAAAUCAGAGCAGUUUAAAUAUUUACACAAACCAUCAACAGUUCAUUUACACUAGUUCAUUAUACUUGUGCUGUUGUACUUGGAAUUACCAGCUAUCUUCUGAAUACAUAUAAUCAGAUGCUCUGUAUUAACCACUGUGGUAUCUCUUGUUCACUUUUGGUCCUAAUGUAUGACUGAUGCAAGUUUUUUGAUUUUUUGAUGGGGGUCAUGGACUUCCAAGUUUUAUUCAUUACUUUUUUAUUUUUACAACUUUGUUUAAAUAAAACUGUUAGGCAGACCAGAACUUAAUGUAACGUGUCACUUAGCCUCCAAUCCUUUAUUUAAGCACUACAUAUUAUUUAGGGACAUAAGAGUGCUGCCUGCAGAGGAGAGGUUGGGAGAUUGGGAGAUUCUCUCAUGCUCUCAGCCUGGGGUUAAUCUUUUCCACUAGCAGUCCUGAAAAGAACUCUACAUGAAGAUACUUCUGGUUAUGGGAUAGAAGAAUCUACCUAGCCAAAAAAUGUAGCUGGAUUUUCACCUCAGACAUACAAAAAUCUAUGUCCUAAUAAGCCAUUUCUUAGUGGAUCAUCUUCCCUUUCCAUACCAACCCUGUUGCUGGAAGGUUGGAAAAAUGUUUCCAGGCAUGUGGCAGAAAAUAGAACCUUUAUCUGAACUUCUGUCUGCAAAUGCAACACUACAUAUACAGUAGCUUCAGUUUUUGUGUGUUUAAAAUAGCUUUAAAGAAAUGGAGGCACAUCUCUCUGAAAUAUAUGAGUAUAAACUACAAUUGAGUAAAUGUCAUAGCUAGCCAUCUGGCACACUUUGCUCUAAACAAAUUAUGCAUGCCAUGAAACUCUGAGGACAGUUGGGCUUCCAUUAGCCAGAAUGGGCAAUCAAAACAAUUUAAUUCUUGUGCCUUUUUUUCAAUAAGAAUGAUUUUCCACCAUUUAUUAAAAUCUCAAUUUUCAUUGGUAAACUCUUUAGGAGGAUUGUGAGUAAAGCUUUUAUGCUGUUGUAGCACCUGCAAAAUCUUAAAAACUAAAGUUAAUGAUGCACACUUAGUUUUCAUUUCUAAGACAUUGUAAUGUAAAAACUAAGUAUGUAGUACAGAUCUAUAUUAUUUAUAGUAUUUAAAGUGUUCUGUCUGACAUAGACAGCCAUUUUGGUCUAGUGCUAGACUUUGGGUGGGGAAACUCAAGUUUUCUUCCUUCCUCAGGCUUAGGGCCAAAUAAUUCACUGUCAGUCCCAGAAAGAAGGCAAUGGCAAACCACUUCCAAAAAUCAUGGCAGGAAAACUAUCACCAGGAAUCAGGAUUGAUCUGAAGGCACAAAUCUGCCAUAUACUUAAACCAUUGUUGCAUCUGACUACAUUGUAGGCUAAAUGAAAACAUUACCCUAUUCUAUCAGUUAUAUUCAGUUAGAAUACAAGAGAUGGUAUCCAAUGCUAUAUGGCAUAUUCUUUGUCCUUUCUAUGGAAUCAACUGGAGAUCUAACAUGUAGUACUAGACACGCUUUUAACUUCCUUCCAUCAAGAUGCUACAUGUUUUCUUUUAAGGUUGAUAGAAGCAACCUGACUUAAUUAUAUUCUGAAACACCACCAUUCUUAGUUUAGUAUACAGGUUAGAAAACUAACCAGUGUCACACAAUCUGAUGGAGAGAGAAAAUUGCUUUGAGCGAAGCAGUUUUAAGAGUGUCAAGUGCAAGGACACAGUAGUUCUUAAGUAAAUGAAAAGCUGAGUGCUUUCAAUGUCAAAGAAUAAAGUUGAAAGUCUUGCUUGUAAUCAUAUUGUGGAUAAUUGAUCUUCAGCUUUCCCCCAGUAUAAGCCUGUUGCUGCAUUAAAUGCUCUAGUUUUACCAAUACCUAUCAUAAAAAAAUGCAGCAGCACAGGCAGUUAUAGGUACCAGUUGUUUGGCACAUGUGACACCUCUGCUCUGCAAGCUGCAUU